CUGCUCGCCGCCUCCGCUCCUCCCGCGCCCCGCCGUCCCGGCCAGGUGAGCUCAGGCUGAGAUAACCGACGCUCGGGCCGCUUUCGGAUCGUUUGCCCGUCGGUUCCGCCACGGAAUGGCCUAACCGGAGCCGCUCCGCCUCGGACCCGCGGCCGUCACCCGGAGCCCGGCAGUGUGUGAUGCUGUCAGCCGCCCCGUCCCUCCGUCUGUCAGCCGGACUGAAGCGGGAGCGCCGCUGAAAUGAGGACCGAGCCGCGGCGGGUCUGAGCCGCUCGGCACCUCCAGUCUCCGGGGAAGCAGCUCGGCGGCGGCGGCUCGUCCUCGGACCGUCCCGGACAUGGCGGGGCUCAUCAAGAAGCAGAUCCUCAAGCAUCUCUCCAGGUUCGCCAAGAACCUUUCGCCCGACAAGAUCAACCUGAGCACCCUGAAGGGCGAAGGUCAGCUGACCAACCUGGAGCUGGACGAGGACGUCCUGCAGAGCCUGCUGGACCUGCCCACCUGGCUCGCCAUCCGCCGCGUGGAGUGCAACAAGGCCGCCAUCCGGAUCCCCUGGACCAAGCUGAAGACUCACCCCAUCUCUCUGACGCUGGACAAGGUGGUGAUGGAGAUGAGCACCUGUGACGAGCCUCGGCCGCCCAACGGCCCGUCCCCCCUGGCCACGCCGUCGGGUCAAAGUGAGUACGGCUUUGCGGAGAAGGUGGUGGAGGGGAUGUCUCUGUCCAUCAACUCCAUCGUGAUCCGGAUCAGCGCCAAGGCCUUCAACGCGUCCUUCGAGCUGUCCCAGCUGCAGGUCUACAGCGUCAACACCAGCUGGAGCGUCAGCGACCUGCGCUUCACCCGGAUCCACGACCCCCAGCGGGGAGAGGUCCUGACCUUCAAGGAGAUCAGCUGGCAGAUGAUCCGGAUCGAGGCGGACGCCAUCCAGAGCGCCGAGCACGACAUGCUGAGCGCCCCCAUCCGCCUGAUCACCAACCAGUCCAAGAUCCGGGUCACGCUCAAGAGACGGGUGAAGGACUGUAACGUUGUGGCGUCCAAGCUGAUCCUGAUCCUGGACGACCUGCUGUGGGUCCUGACCGACUCGCAGCUGAAGGCCAUGGUCCAGUACGCCAAGUCCCUGAGCGAGGCCAUGGACCGCUCGGCCCAGCAGAGGAAGAGCCGGGCCCCCGAGGACCAGGUGUCGCCGACGCCCCCCUCGGCCCAGCAGGUCCGGACCCAGCAGGCGUCCACGGCGGCCGACCAGAGCGCCACCAUGGCCAAGCUGUUCUCCGCCUACGACGUGUGCGAGACGUCGCACCACCUGCAGAUCACUCACCUGGACCUGCACAUCUGCGACGACCUCCACGCCACGGACAAAGCGAUCAACAAGAGGAUCAUGGGAGGAGCCAUGCAGCUGUCCUUCUCCUCCAUCACCCUGGACUACUACCCUUUCCACAGAGCAGGGGACAGCUGUGUCCACUGGAUGCAUUACAGCGAGGCCACCAAGACCCGGGAGGUCUGGGUCCGGAGCCUGCUGGACGAGUUCCGGGCCAACGUGGACCUGCUGAAGACCACGGUCCGGGACCAGCAGGGCCCCGGGCCAGGAGGGGGCUCCCCGCAGCACGGGAAGAUCAGCACCUCCGCCUCCUCCGUCAGCCCCCCUCCGCCCCCCCACGGCCCCCGGGCGCAGCUCAUGUCCAGCUCCGUGGUUCUGCGGAUGGCCGACUUCACCGUCUACCAGGUGUCCCUGGCGGAGCAGCGGCGCUGUAGCCCCGCCCCCAUGCUGUCCUGCAACAAGAAGGCCCUGUACCUGCCGGCCGACAUGCCGGCGCUCCACCUGGAGGUCACCGAGUACUACUACCCCGACGGCACCGAGCGGCCCGUCCCCUGUCCCAACCUGUACGUGCAGCUGAACGCCCUGCAGCUGGUCCUGGACCCCCGCAGCCUGGUCUGGAUCAACCUGUUCGGCCUGGACCUGCGGCAGAGCCUGGAGCAGUUCAUGGAGGUCUACAAGCUCAACGACUCGCAGAAACCCGACGAGCACGUAGACGUCAAGGUGGACGGCCUCAUGCUCAAGGUGGUGAUUCCCUCCGACCGGGACGCCUCCGCCCCCCCCGACCUGCCGCGCUCCCUGUCGGUGCAGACGUCGGAGAUGGUGGCGACCAACACCCGGCAGCCGGCGCAGUGCGGCCGCGGCCAGCUGGGGGCGCUGCUGCAGGCCUUCCAGGAGGAGCCCUUCUUCUGCUCCGCCUCCUUCCCCCGCUCCGCCUCCUCGCCGCCCGUCCUGCACCCCGCCUUCCGGCGCCACGCUCACGAGCGGGACACCAGGCUGCACGACGUGUACCGCGGCCUGGCGGCGCUGGGCGCGGCCGCCGACGCCCUGAAGACGCCCGCCGCCGCCGACUUCUGGGCGCUGCACUUCGCCCAGUUCUGGGUGGACUACGAGGGCGGCCGGGGGGGGCGGGGCCGGCCGCAGCCCUGCGUGGACUCCUUCCCGCUGGCCGUGUGGGCGUGCCAGCCGGCCAAGCUGGCGCGGCUGCAGGAGGCGCGGCGCGGCGCCGCGGAGGGCGGGGCCGGGGGCGUGGCCGGGGGCGGGCUCUCCCGCAGCGCGUCGGCCGAGGCGCUGGGCCGGCUGCAGAGGAAGCGGCUGCUGAAGGAGUACUACAGCUCCGACGGCGCUCCGUCCCCGCCGCCGCCGCCGCCGCCCAGUAACGGCCUCCUGGACGGCCCGCCCCCCCCGGCGGCCGCGGCUCAGGACCCCGACGUGCACGUGUUGGUGCACGUGCAGAAACCCGUCAGUGCUCAGGUGAGCCACCGGCAGUACCAGUUCCUGAUGCAGCUGCAGCGCAGCGUCAAGACCCUGCAGCAGACUCUGCAGCAGGACCUGGAGGACAUGGGGUCCAGGCGGGACCGUACAGACCCGGGGGAGGGGCCGGCCGGCCCCCCCCGCCCCUUCACCGUCUGCCUGGGCCUCCUGCUCCAGAGCGCCGAGGUGUCCCUCCUCCUCCGGCCCGUCCCCGAGCCCCGGGGAUCGGGGUCCCCCCCGGGCUCGGACCUGUCGCCCUCCGAGAGCCGGGGGACGCUGGAGCCGGGGGGCGAGGCGGGCGACGGGGCCCCCGGGGGGUCCGAGGGGUCCGGCCCGGACGGGGUCAAGCGGCCCAGCGCCGCGGACCGGCUGCCGUGCCGAGACGGAUCGGAGUCCGGAGUCCCGCCGGGUCCCUCUCCUCCCGUCCUCACCUCCUCCACUGAGGAGAGAACUCCCUCCGGGACCCCCGGGAGGGGGGGCUCAGAGGACGGGGGCGAGGCCCCCGAGGACAAGCUGCCUGGAGGAGACGACCCGGGACCAGGACCAGGACCAGGACCAGACCCCAGAGCCCAGCUGAGCGACCCGCUGUGUGACGGCGACAAAGACAAACCUGCAAAGAUGCAACAGUCCGUCUCCAGGAAAGGAAGCUUGUCUGUGGUUUCUGACCUGCUCAGCUCCUCAAACUCCAGCAGAUCCGCCUCCCUUUAUUCCAUGUCCAACAUUGGUCGUCUGAUGCGGGAUCGCUCCCAGUCCAGUUUCUCUGUGUCCUAUAAGAACAUGAAGAAGAGUCCGUCCCUGCAGUCUCUGGACAACGUCUCCAUCGACAGCUACCUGCUGGAGGACGGAGACGCCGGAGACACUUACAGCCUGCUGGAGAGAGACGACGUCUCCAUCUCGGGCUUCAAGGACGCCGUCAGCGAGCAGAGCGCCGCUGAAGCCCUGGCGGCUCCGGAGCCGGAGGGGGCGGCGUCGCCCGACACCGUCAGCGCCGCGUCCCAGAGCCUGGACGAGCCCGGCAAGGACACGGUGUCGGUGCUGGUCCUGAAGGUCCAGUCGGUGUGUGUGAGCAUGGAGGCGGUGGGGGACAGCUCGGUCGUGGCUCUGGAGGUGGACCGGGUCACUCCGACCCAGCUGGGCAACGUGAGCCUGAGGCAGUACCUGAGCAACCGCAGCCUGGGCGGCGCCGGCCCCGCCCCCUCCUCCGCCCGCGGCCUCCGCCGCCCGGAGGUCAGGGCUCGCCUGGAGAGCGGGCCCUGCGCCGCCGCCCGCUCGCCGCUGGCCGAGCGCAACGGCUUCCUGCAGCUGCGUCUCCACGGUUACCGGGCCGGCCUGCUGACGUCCACCCUGCAGAACCUGGCCCACUUCCUGGAGGACGACUCGGCGCCGCAGGUGCUGCCGAUGGAGAUCAGCGUCCGGGACUCGCAGGUCCACCUGCAGGACGACGGUAGCCGUGACAACCCGUCGGACCCGGAGCCUUCGCCCGUCAGCCUCCAUGUGGACAGUCUGCUGGUCCUCCGCCGGGACGACGGCUCCUUCUGCAUCGGAGACUCUACACCCAGGAAGUCCGUCUCCUCGACUGACAGCUCCGCCCUGAGUCCCGUCCGUGAGACGGUGGGCGGAGCCUGUGGCGUCCCCAAGGCGACGCAGACUGAAGCCCCGCCCACCAGCCCUCCUCCAUCCGGCAGGGAAACGGCGCUGAUGGAGGAGAACGAGUGCCUGAAGGUGGAGCUCUCUCGGGCCAAGAUGGCGCUGGCCGAGGCGCAGAUGGAGAAGGACUCCCUGCUCCACCAGAUGAAGAGCCUGAAGCUCAGCAGCUCCACCUGACGGAGGAACAGCUCGUCCUGCGGGUGGAGGAGCCGGCCAGCGGCGGCGGGCGGAGCCAGGCCCGGCCGGACGAGCCAGCGGAAGGUUCAAACAACCUGACAAUGAUCCAGAACACAGACACACACACACACACACACACACACACACACACACCACACACACACACACACACACACACACACACACACACACACACACACACACACACACACAC